AUGAGGAAAGUGGUGGCGGUGUUGUUGGUGAGAGUAGGAGAUGCUCAACAAAGAAAUAUCAUAUCGAGAAGAGAUACACUGUUCACCUAUGCUGCUAGUCGUAAUCAAUGUGAUCUAUCGAUUGAAAUAGUCUUUGACCAGCAAAUACCUUCUUUUACUUGUCCCAACUGUGCCUUGUUCGACUUUAGUACCAUCUCUCCAGAUGAAUCAAUCAAUUAUCCAAACGCAUUCUAUCGCUACGAAAUUGAACUAAACUUGGGUCUCAUCGAUGUCAUUCUCAUCGAUGACCAAUCAUUUCAAUACAAUCUUGGUGCUUUUAAUUGUGUUUCUCCACCACUACCACCAUAUACAAUUGAAACAUUUGAUCAAAGAUUAAAACCAUCUACAGUUGGUGGGUUUCUGGGAGUCUAUCAUUUCUUGAUCAAAGAAUUUGUACAUGAUAUUGGCCGUGAUCCAGAAACAAGGACACAAGAUCCAUUUAGAGUGGAGAGUAUCCGACCAAUCUCGAUAUCUCCCAAUGGAACGUUGUUUGAGGUCUACUUUGACUUUGAUGGAGCUGCUUUGGCAGACUUUCCAAGCACCACAUUUAUCCUAAACAUCACGUCGAUUGAUAUGAUGGGUGCCUCUUUUGGAGGAACUCGAAUCUUGCCAAGUGGGUUCCCAUUAGAGAUUUCAUUGGAAUUCUUUACUUCAACUCCUCGUCAUACUACAGGUCAAGAAUCAUUUCUACCUGUCACUCCAUUCAACAAUACAGUGCAAGAUGGACCUCUCUGGGCAUCGAUAUUAUCUCGUAACUUUGAUAUCAGUAAUAGAGAGAGUACAGUUCGUAUCUAUCCUAAAGAUAUUUUCUCUACUGAAAGUGAUAUCAUGGCCUAUCCAGUUGGUGGUCUACCAUCCAAUGCCACAUUGAUCUCAAGAUCAAAGAUUUUUGCAGAUUCAAUCCUUACAACCUAUUACUUUGAUAAUUUUGUUACCUGCAAUGGUACUUUCUUUUCAUACACUUUCUAUAAUCCUGCAUUUUCACCAAAUCCACAACAAUGUUCAUCGGAUGCUGAAGUCCGUAGAUUCAAUAUAGAGAUAGAUUAUGGAAUCAACAAUGUGUUGGCACAGAUUGGUUCACAAUCCUUCCUCUUACAACAUCCAUUUGGUGUGAUUACAAAUCCAACUAGUGGUAAUCGUGAAUUCAAAGUUAAUUUACCUGCACAAACUUUUGAUUAUACAGAUCCUAUCAUUCUUGUAUUCAAAGGAAUAGAAACAACAACUACCAAUCUAUCAGUUGAACUAGAUACUACAAAUCCAACGAUCGAUUAUGUAUCAUAUGAAUUAUUACCUGGAUAUAUGUUAUUGAUUACAGCCAGUGCUUUUGAUGACCUUUCUGGUAUUAAACGAUUAUGUAUUCAAAGUGCCACCUCUGAUUGUGCCGUCUCUUUGAAUGAUUCCAAUUUGAUCUCUGGAGAUAGAUACAGUGGAAUUUAUCAAACAAUCGUUCCAAUGGAUCCUACAUUUGGGUUAAUCACUGCAAUCGAUAGAGCAGGUAAUAUUUUUUAUUCAAGAUUAGAUCAUUUGAAUAAUUACCCACCUAGUGUAUUUUCAUAUGACCUAACACAAAUAUCAACAUUUUAUUUUACCCAAAAUAUUGUUGAUGUUUCAAAUUCAGUUGUAACCAAUUCAUUGGUGAUCAACUUUACCAAUUUGCAUGAUGCAGAUAAAAUCAUGUAUCAACCAACAUUUAUCAUAUUAAAUGGAAAGGAUGUUUCCGAGGUUGGUCCACAAGACACAUUUAGAGGAGUUUGGGUAGAAGCUAUGCAAGCAUAUGUUAUCACCUUUACCAUUCCAAAAUCAAUGUUCCCAGGGACACUAAAAUAUUAUUUACCAAUUGAUUUCAGACAAUCAUAUGAUUCUAAUGUUCUAUAUCAAACUUUUGGUAAUAAUGCUUUAAUUAACAUUCUUUCAAAUGGAGGAGAUUUAAUACCACCACAAAUAGUUAAUGUAACCACAUCUGGAUUUGGAUAUGGAUUUAUUAUUCAAAUUGAAGAUGAGAUUAAUGGAUUUAUGAAUGGAACCAUUUAUCUUGGUAGACUCAUUGAUCCAUUCUAUAACUUUUCUCAACAAUUUGAUCAAUCAAAUCUCAUUGAUGGAACAAUCUAUAGAGGUUCCUAUCAGGUUCAGAUUCCAGUUUUAGAAAAUAUCGUACGUUCAGAGAUCUAUACCAUUUUGGCAAUUGAAACGGUCGAUCUUGCCGGUAUAAGUAGUAAUGAAUUUAUACAAUCAACUUCAUUUUAUAAUCCAAUCAUCCCUAUUUUAAAUGUUACAAAAUCAAUUGAGACUAUUGUUGAUAAAACUCCACCAGAAGUAAUGACAACUUCACCAUCAUCAAUAGUAUCAACACAAAAUCAAAUACUAUCGGUUAGUGCAACGAUACAAGAUACUCAAUCAGACAUUUCACUUGCUCAUACACCCAAACUCUAUAUUCUUGAUGAAUUAGAGUUGCUUGCAAUUGUUGAUGGAGAUCUUGUAUGCCCCAGCGCUAAAAACGUGUGUGUUGCCUAUUUCAAUUACCAAGUACCCUUUGGUAUGAAUAGAACAUUGUCAUUGUUUGUCUCCAAUGCAGUUGACAAGUAUCUAAACUAUGGUGGAACGAUAUUCCCUAAUACUGUUGUUGUCGUCCCAUCCACCCUUGCCAUUCCAUCCAUUUACAGUCUUUCACCUAUCACUGUUGACAAGUCUAGUGGCAAUACAAGUGUUACAAUCUAUGGUAACAAUUUUAACCAAGUUGCACAAUUUAUGUUUAACUUUACUGGUACCUUUGUUGCAUACAUUCCCAGCUCAUCUUCUGUCAAUAAUCGAUACGUUGUAUUUACCGAUCUGCCUCCAGUCGACCAUACAAUCCCCCUCUAUUUCGUCUCGACAGACUCGGAAAACUCAAAUAUUGCAUACCUCCAUCCACGAAGAGGAAGUAUUAUACCACCUCUCCAAUGUCCAUCGAGUGGUUGUGAAUACGAUAAUAUGCAUUGUGGUCUGUUUGGUCAAUGUGUUUGUAAUGCUGGGUUCUACGGCCCGAGAUGUGCAAGUUCUGUCGUUGUGAUUGAUCCAAAACACGGAUCAACUUCACCAGAUACUGAGUACAAUAGUACACCACCAACUCCAUCGUCCUCUUUGAAACGUGUCUAUGCCAAAAUCUCAAUCAUCGAACUAAGAGAAAUUGAUAUGGAAGAUCAAGUUGUCAGUGUUCAUCCAUUUGAUCUAUGGGAUCUGAGUAACAGUACCGAAUCUGAUGUUGGAGCAGAUUAUAAUCUUCGUUACAAUACAUCGUUGUUGUCGACCAUACCAACCUCUGUCAGAGUUAGCAUCCAAUAUUUCUCUCAUCAAACCAAUGUCACCUUUCUCGAUCGUUCAUUGCAAAUGGAUCCCUCCACAGUCAAAUAUGGUAUAUCCCUUGAUGCCUAUGACUUUAGUCAAAACACCAAUACACUAGAAUUGGUCAUGUCAGUAAGUCUCCAAGCAGACUCGGAAUGUGGAUCAGUUGAAAAUGGAGAAAUCAAUGAUGGCCAAUCAAAAUAUCAAUGGUACAAGACCAAGUUGGACGAUAUUUCACUCUAUGCAACAUUUAUCAAUAUUGCUCAAAUCGAUGAUCAUCAACAAACCAUUACGACCAAAUUAACAGCCAAUUCCAACUCAUCCACAAACUAUGAUAAUUCAAUUAGCUAUAUUUCAAUUAAUAUUCCUCAUUAUUCAAAUACUGUAUUUAUUGAUCCUGAUUUCUCAGUAUUAUUUGAUAAAGAUGAUGAAGAUAAUUCAAAAGUUGAUUCAAUUUGUCAAUCAAAUGAUGAUGGUACUGAUUUUAGAUUAAUUGGAAUUAUUGUUGGAUCAGUUGUUGGGGCGGCAGCGAUCGUAGUUGCAUCGAUCCUAACAUACAAAAAGCUUAAAGUUAUGAAAGAAUCAAAAAGAAAUCUAUUGAUAAUCGUUGUAUUAUCAUUAGUAUGUGGAUUAGUAGUAUCAACGUCAUCAUCAUUUACACCAUCAAAGGAUACAUUGUUCUUUGACGACUUUGAAAGUGCAACACUAGAGAACUCGAAAUGGGUAAAGAGUCAGUUCUCAGAGGCCAACAUUGUGUUUGGUAAACCAGAGACACAAUUCCUCGUAGAGGAGACUGACAAUGCCAUGAUCUUGCCAUUGGCAUCAAAGAGAUACGCCAUCACCUCGGUGUUGGCCAAGCCAAUUGACAACAAGGACCGCGACCUCAUCGUGCAAUACGAAGUGCGUCUCGCCAAGGGACUCGAGUGCGGUGGCGCCUACGUCAAGUUGUACCAAGCCACCGACGACUUGGACGCUGAGACUGUCGACCGUAACACACCAUACUCGAUCAUGUUUGGUCCAGACAAAUGCGGUAGCGACAACCGUAUCCACUUUAUCGUACGUCACAAGAACCCCAAGUCUGGUGUUUUCGAAGAGAAGUUGAUCACCGCCAAGCCACCCAUUCGUACCGACAAGUUGUCUCAUCUCUACACCUUGCACAUCCGUCCAGACAACACCUUCACUGUCUAUGUCGACCGUUCUCCAGUACUCGAAGGUAACUUCCACACCUCGUUUACUCCCGCCUUUAACCCACCCAAGGAAGUCGAUGAUCCCACCGACUCCAAGCCAUCCGACUGGAUCGAUGAUGCCAAGAUGGACGACCCAUCCGCCAGCAAGCCAGACGACUGGGACGAAUCACAACCAGCCACCAUCGUCGACACUGACGCUACCAAGCCCGACGGAUGGCUCGAUGACGAACCCGAACUCGUUCCAGAUGUCACUGUCUCCAAGCCAGAAGGUUGGGAUGACGAAGAUGAUGGAGAGUGGGAAGCACCACUUGCCCCCAAUCCAAAGUGUCAAGACGGAAACUGCGGUGAAUGGAAAGCACCCAUCAUCAAGAACCCACUCUACAAGGGUAAAUGGGUCGCUCCACGUAUCGACAACCCAGCCUACAAGGGUGUCUGGAAGGCUCGUCAAAUUGCCAACCCAGACUACUUUAACGAAGAGAACCCAUACAACGUCGAAAAGAUUGGUGCCAUCGGUCUCGAAAUCUGGACCACCACCGAUCAAAUCGCUUUUGACAACUUUAUCAUCACCCACGACCGUGAUGAAGCCGACCGUAUCGCUCAAGAAAACUGGGAACCAAAGUACAACAAGGAAAAGGCUCUCCAAGCUGAAUUUGAAGCUGAAGAGGCCAAGAAGCUCCAAACUCCAACCGAUUACCUCGCUCUUGCCCAAUUAUAUGGUCAAAUGGCCGUUGAAUUUGCAAAGGCUCAACCAUACGUUGCUGCUUUGUCAUUGGUAGCUGGUCUUGUCCCCAUUUUACUAUGUAUUGGUUUGGGUGGUUCAAAGAAAUCAGCCGCCACCACCGUUGUUAUCCCACCAGCCCAAUCCUCUUCAUCCAAGCCAUCAGCUGAAACUGAAUCUCCAUCAAUUGAAGAAUCAUCAUCUGAAGAGGAAGAGGAAGAAGAACAAGUUAAAGAGAAAAAGACUACUCCUGUCAAAAAGAGAAUUAAUAAAGUUCAAUAA